GGUGGGCAGGACACGAUAACUGCUUUUGCCAUGGAGGACAACAACUUGUGGCUGAGGCAUUUACUGAAUCUGGUGUUGCAAGUUGUCCUAGCCUUAUAUGUAUUCUGGAAGUCUAUUGGAAGGCACAGCGUGGGGCUUCUAAUUUCAGGUAUAUUUGUGUUUGUUGCGGGAAUUAUCAAGUAUGGAGAAAGAACAUGGUCUCUCAAGUAUGGGAGCUUUAAAAAUCUUGAGAGCUCCACUGGAGAUCACUGUAAGCACCAGUUUCCAGAAUUGGUUGAUGGUGAUGUUUGCUACUCCAACACUGUCUGCACUGGUCUGCGUUCAAUGCUAGACGUCCUUAACUUCUUUUCUGGACGAACCUUGUUUAUUGGUAGUACAGUGAGGUUUGGUCGAGAAGGUUUGGGAACUUGGCAACCUGACCAAGUGCUCAAGGUGUUGGGAAUUGAACUUGGUAUGAUGUAUGAUGAUCUCUACACCAAGGCCAUUAUGCUUAGAACAAGGAGUGGCAUUAUACUUCGAUCGUGUUCUCAGAUAGCUGCUUUGGUUGCCUUCAUGCUAUUCUUUACAUGCAACAAACGUCAGUAUAGCAAAACUGAUCUGGCAAUCACCUAUUCACUGUUUGUCGGCGGUUUCAUCCUGGAAAUUUGCGCUGUAUUCAGAGUUAUCAUGUCACCAUGGACUUGGGCAUGGUUGAAGACUCGAAAGUACAACAGACUUGCCCGAUUUUCCUGGUCUCUUUUCUCUAGUGGUCCCAUUGGUUGGCCAGAGAAGAGGCCAUUGUGGUCAAAUGCAAUGGGACAGUACAACUUGAGUACUUGGUUUGAGGGCAGUGGCCAGGCAAAGUCAUGCAGUCAACAAGUGAUGAACACGGUCAGAAAGUUCGCAACAUUAGUUGGUGUUAACAAGGACAAAAUAUUUUGGUUAAGCAAACUGUUAGAUGUGGAGUAUGUCAAUGCAGGUGAGGUGAUGAACUGCCUCGUGAGAGCUGCCAGCUACUUCGUUCGUGAACCCUACGAGUUCCAGAAGACCCGAGAAUGGCCAAACCUUGACCCUCUCUUGAGAUAUGCUCAAGUAUUUUACAUUGCCGAUUUCGGUUUUGCUAUUGUGUUUAUGCAUAUGGUCACAGAACUACACUUGAGUAAGUACCCCUGCAGCUCAGACAUGGAAGAAGAUGUAGCAGCAGAAAUUGAUGCUCUUGUAGAGGUCUGCCAGAAGCUGUCCCAGUAUAUGAUGCACCUCCUCCUCAGCCUACCUUCCCUGCUGCCUCUCAAUGCCAGUGCUGUGGCUACGUUGGAUAAGUGGCAAGCUGACAUGUCAGAGAAUGAUAUCAUGUCAGAGCUCAAAGAGCUUGAUCCCCAGCCAGGCAAGGAGGUUCUGGAGGAGAUCAAGGAGAUCUGGGUGCGGCUCAUCAUCUACGCCGCGGCAAAAUCAAAGCCGGAGAUGCAUGCAGCGCAACUGGCAAGAGGAGGGGAGCCUCUCACAUUUGUUUGGCUGCAGUUGGCUCACUAUAACUGUGGGGACUUUGGGUUCAGUAGGAUCGAGCUUACCCGUGAUCGCUCCAAACACUCAAUAUUCUAUGUCCUACAACUCCAAGAAUCUGUUAUGGAGGGUAUGGGGUUUCCAGGUUGAUCCAAAGCUCUGUAUGUACUAUCAAUCAGACACUGAGCAGCUGGUAUAUUUAACCAUCCCACUGCAGUAUUGCUUCUAUGUUCUCUGGCUUAAGGUGAACAUUCACUUACUAAAUAUGGCAAUAUAUCAGCUGUUUUUCUGUAUACAUCUAAUCAAAAUUUUCUUUUACACUGUGAUUAAUUGUUUCUUAUGUCAUAAACAAUGUCAGUUCCAAAAUUUACACUAUUAGACCCUUUUUGAGAAGUAAUUACGAAAAUGAACCGGCUUCAAAACUUAUUUAAAAAAUGAACCGUUUUUUGCUCCGCGUCAUCCCUGAAGGCACGGAGGUCCUUCGUAUCCGCGCCAGGGCUCGGUGUGGACCUUACUAACUCAGUGUCGUGGAGUUUGUCCUAUCCAGGUGGCAGGGACCUCCGUGCCAAUCCCCCUAGCAUAGAGAUGAAGGACCUCAAAGUCUUUGGGGGUGGAACAAAGGGUUUAUUUUUAAAAUAGUUUUGAAACAGGUUCAUUUUUGUAAUUUGUUCUUGAAAAUGGUCAAAUAGUACAAAGGCCAGAUGUUAUUUACCAUCGUUGUACUGAGUAUUCAUUUAUGUUAUAAAUUGUCUGUCUUUUUGUAACUGGUAUAUUAUCUGUCU